CAGGGAUGAACCAGUUGCUGACAUCAUUGUUGUAACACAUCCCUUCGUCGCUAUAAGAAUAAACUCACUGUCUUCUUCUCUAACCAAACAGCAAAUUCAGAAACCAAAAGAGAAAAAAAACAUUUGUGGUACAAAGAACCAUGAGAAGAUCUGAUCACGCUUUCCCGCUUAUUUUUUUGUGUAUAUUAUCAGCGGCGGAGCUAGUAGCGGGUCAAGGACAGCCCGACCAGAGAAAUGAAGUGUAUAGCUACGGCAAGAUAAGUCCAGCCAUGGCAGUGAUCGUCGUGAUCCUCAUCGCUGCUCUCUUCUUCAUGGGCUUCUUCUCCAUCUACUUCCGCCACUACUCCGCCCUACCCGACGCCGCCGUUUCCCCCGCCGGUGGAGCUAGACUCAGAGGAGUCUUCAACGCGGCGGUGGCACGUGGGCUCGACGUCUCCGUGGUGGAGUCUUUCCCGACGUUCGUGUACUCGGAGGUGAAGACGCAGAAGCUCGGCAAAGGGGAGUUGGAGUGCGCUAUUUGUCUGAACGAGUUCGAAGACGACGAAACGCUGCGUUUGGUUCCCAAAUGCGAUCACGUGUUUCAUCCUCACUGCAUCGGCGCGUGGCUUGAGGCUCACGUGACUUGUCCUGUCUGCAGAGCGAAUCUCGCCGAGCAAGUGGAUAAAGACGAAUCGGUCGAACCGGAUGUUGAGUUACAGCAGGUGGUGGUGAGUCCCGAACCGGUGGUUAUUGCUCCGGUACAGGAACAAUCGGUUACGAGUGAGAUUGAUUCGAGGAGAUUGCCUGGAGUACCGGUGGAUCUUAAACGAGCCAAGUUCUCGAGAUCGCAUACGACGGGACAUUCGGUGGUUCAACCGGGAGAGUGUACCGAACGGUUUACUCUCCGGUUACCGGAAGAUGCGAGGAAGAGGAUGAUGGCGAAUUGGAAGCUAAACCGGUCGAAUAGUCUUCUUGUUCUUCCUAGGGGAGGGAGUUCGAGGAGAGUUAAACCGAUCGACCGGUCAAGGGCUUGGUCUGAUCGAUGGUUAUACCGUAAAACGUCGUCGUUUCUGUGGAGGAGUCGAGAUGAUGGUUCGAUUAAGCUAGGUGGAACCGGCAGCGUUCGACCCAAUGCUGUACCGAAUUCAACCGGUGAUUCGGUACGAUCAGACCGGUGGGCUAUUCUUAGAAACGCGUCGUUUUUAUGGAGGAACUCCUCGGUACAGGGAAGGAAGGACAAGGAAGGAACUUCGGUUAAACCCCCCGGUACAGGUGGCUCAACUAGCGGUUCGGAGAGAUUACCGGUUUAGUUGACUUUUAUUUGUAGCCGUAAGUACUAUUUUCACAUCUUUUCAAUUUUUGUGUGUUGGUAUGGGAUUGUUGAUAAAAAACGCUGUACAUUUUCCUUAACUUUAAUCAUUAAAUUUCUGUAA